AGGAUUAUUCCCACAGAGGACAGAGGAGAAGGAGCGCGCGCUGCUCUCAGAACCCAGUUAGGUUUAUAAAUCCGGAGCACGCGGGCUGCGGGAUCCGGAGCCGCAGGUGUCUCCUGUUAAACGCGGGUCAGGACUUCAGCUGAGAGGCAUGAACCCGUCCAGCUGUUUGCAGGCUGCCGCGGGGAGGACCGGCUACUGAUGAUGAUGAAGGUGCUGGAUCCGCUUCACGCGCUCCACCAGCUUCCCGCGCCGGUCUAAGAUGCCACCGGGCUCCGGUGCACAGCGCGCGGCUCGGAUCGUAACUAACCCGGGAUAACAGAUCAGAAGAGACACAGAAAGUUCAGGUCCCGCCGCGGGAUCAGGGAGCGGCGCGCCGGGGAGCGGAGGCGCGCGGAGACGCACGAAGAGGCGCGAGGAGAGGAGCUGCUGGUCCAGAAAAACUUCUCUGAUGAAACAUAGUUUGCUCCAAAACAGUCCGCAGUGAUGCUGCUCGCGCGGCUCCCGGUCCUGUCCGCGCUCCUCCUCCUCCUGCUGGCGCUGGCCACCGAGGCGCCGCGGCGCAGAUGGUCCGGUAACGGGCGCAGCCUCAUGGAGCUGGUCAGCCGCUACCAGAGGACGCAGCUGGGCUUCACCGGACAUGGAGCAAGAGCCAAGGAGAGAGGGGGCAGGCCGCGCCACGGACUGGAAGGUCACUCCUUUGAUCCACGACACAAAGAAAGGUUCAUCACACACCUCACAGGUCCUCUUUACUUCAGCCCAAAGUGUGAGAAACAGUUCCACAGACUGUACUACAACACCAGGGACUGCACAGUACCUGACUAUUAUAAAAGAUGUGCUCGUCUGCUGAUUCAACUGGCCAACAGCACUCGCUGUGGAGAGAUAAACAGAUCCUAAGACGGAAGCGAUUUAGUGGCGCUGACAGGCAAAGGAGCACGGCAAAAGGCUUCAUCUACUCAGAUGCAACAGUAGUUCUCCAGCCAACAGAAACUAAGGAUCUACAACCUGCAAUGAAUCUGCUUAUUUCCACCAACCAACAACUCUGAUCUACAACAUUGAAAAAGUCUAUAUGGACAAUAUGGGCAAAGACAAACUCCUACAAUGAUUCUUACAUUUGCUUUGACUUUUACUGCUUUUUUGACAAAAUGAAUCUAAUAUAUUUUAUUUUUGUAUCGUUAGCUUAAUUUUUACACGUCAGGCCUGCCAUAUUCAGAAUGGUUUGUACAGCAAAGCUUUUACCACUUUCUGACAUUCUGGCAUUGAGGAUGUGGUUUAUGAAUGUGUGAAUGUGGUGGGCAUGGAUUAGCUGCCACGUUUCUGUCAGCCUGUGGCUACACAUGUAGCUACCAUCACCAAAUAAGAAUGAGGAGUGAAUGGAUACAAUGUAAAGCGCUUAGCGUACCCUCCUCUUCUUCAGUAAUGCUGCUGUACUCCCUGGAUUAUGCUACAGAACCUUGAUCCAGUUCCAUACCAUCACAAAACCCUGAUCCAGUCCUAUACCAUCACAGAACCCUGAUCCACUUCCAUACCAUCGCAGUACCCAGAUCCAGUUCCAUACCAUUACAGAACCCUGAUCCAACCCCAUACCAUCACAGAGCCCUGAUCCAGUUCCAUACCACCACAGAACCCUGAUCCAGUUCCAUACCAUCACAGAACCCUGAUCCAGUCCCAUACCAUCACAG